AUGAAAUCAUUUACUUUAGAUGCUAAUGCAGUACAGCAACGUUGCCGCCUUGAGGACCGGCUUAUAAAGUUCGAGAUUUGGGACACGGCUGGCCAGGAGCGGUUUCACAGCCUAGCUCCAAUGUAUUAUCGCAACGCUCAGGCUAGUGCUGUGGUGUAUGAUGUAACAAAAGCAGCCUCGUUUGAGAAAGCAAAGUCUUGGGUCAAAGAGCUUCAGCGUCAAGCUAAUCCUGAUAUCGUGAUCGCUUUAGUUGGAAAUAAAAUUGACUUGGUUGCAGAUGACGCGCAUACAGCUGUCGAUGAGUCUGGUGAAGGAGAUGAUGAGGAUGAUGAAGAAAAUGAUUCGGCUAAAUCAAUGAUUGUAAAGCGCGAAGUGCCCAAAUCUGAAGCUCAGAAUUAUGCAGAUGAAGCGGGAUUAUUGUUCAUUGAGACUAGUGCAAAGACUGGAGAAGGUGUUCUUGAAGCAUUUACUGAGAUAGCCAAGCAUAUCCCAGUCGAUGCCAAGCCUAAACACCAUCAAGCAGCUUCUUCGGGAAAUGCACGGACCGAACUUGUGGAUCUGCAGCGUCGCACCAACGUGCCUGGACGCGAUGGCUGCAGUUGUUAA